AUGAGCUUAUCUCCACACAUGGAAAACGCUUCAGUUCCCAAGGGAAGCACCCCGAUACCAAAAAACAGGAACUUUAGUUCUUUGGGUAAAGCCGAGUUUCUUGGAUCUUCGUCAAGCAAUAAUUCUUCUUUUCGGGUGAAUCAUUAUUCAAAUAGUGGACAACCAUCCGUAUUAGAUUCUAUACGAAGACCUAACCUAACUCCAACUUUUUCUUACAGUAACGGGGUUUAUAUGCCUGAAAGUCACAGAACUAGUUCAUUCAACGAUAACUAUUUGCCCUAUGAUAAGAAUUCCUACGUAAAAACAGCCGGAAGUAUGGGCAAUAAGUCAAAUAUUAAAGUCAAAACUAAGAAAAAUGCAAGUAAUACAACUACAAGAAAGUCAUCUGGGCUCAUUUACACCACCAAAGUGGAUAAAGAAUUAUCUAGUAUAGACAAAGUGAACGAUCCAAACAUUAAUGGUCUGGUUUGUGCAGGUAAGACACAUUUGGGGCUGUAUAAAUUCUCGCCCUCAGAUAGAUCUAUCAAAUGCGUCCAUGAUUUCAUAACACCUAAUAACAAUACCUCAACAAGGGGAACGACAUCCCUAUUGCCCAAGCUGAGCAAAAGAACAAGGCAGAACAAAUUUAGUACCAUUGCGGAUGUCAAGACUGGAUUUAAUAACUACAAAAACUGUAUUGCAGUGUGCAACAAUUCUACGGCAAUAUCGAUAUAUGAUCUCAAUAAAAGUUCCUCGAUAGACAAUCCCUUGAUAACAUCUUUAUGCGAACACACUAGAUCAAUCAAUAGUUUUGAUUUCAACAUGGUCGAAUCAAACCUAAUAAUAAGUGGCGGGCAAGACAGUUGCGUGAAAAUAUGGGAUCUACGUUCCAAUAAAUCUAAAAGCUCAAAUAGGUCUGAUAUUAAUAUAAAUACGGCAUCUGACUCAAUAAGAGACGUAAAAUGGAUGCCCGGCUACAAUUUUGCAAUCAAGAAUGAGCAGGGUACAUCAACGUAUGGUAAUUUUAAAAGCGGUUACAAAUUCGCUUCCAUACACGAUUCAGGAUACUUAUUGAAGUUUGAUCUUCGACAACCUACCCAAUAUGAAAAAAAAUUAAAUGCGCACACAGGACCAGGUCUUUGUUUAAACUGGCAUCCUAAUCAAGAAUACAUUGCUACGGGUGGUAGGGAUGGGAAAUGCUGCCUUUGGUAUGUUGGUGACAAUGCCAAUGGCGCUGAAAAUACAGUUCUAAAUUACGGAAACUCUCCCUCGUUACAUACACCCAGUACGUCCCUGAACAACAGCAGCUCACUGGCAUUUCCCAAACUCACAAUUAACACAGGCUAUCCGGUAACCAAAUUGAAAUUCAAGCCUGCUUAUAGUAACAAUAUAUAUAAUUCAUUACUGGGAAUGUCGUCAAUGGGUGACGAAGCGGAAGUUCGCAUCUAUUCCUUAGCAAGAAAGUACAUUCCCAAACAUAUUCUCUUAUCAGAAACGCCUUCGUUAGGAUUAGUAUGGUGGGAUGAGAACUUGAUCUUUAAUAUUGAUAAGGGAACCCGUAUUAAUGGUUGGGACAUUAAUAAAGAACCAACAGUGCUCGAAAAUCUGAGCAAAAAUACAACAACAUGGAGAGAUUUGGAUGGUAACGGUUUACUUUCAGUUGAUCAGGAAAUAGGCUCAUAUGAGCUGUCAGAACCGGAGCUUCAACCUGCUUUAACUGCUACGGGGAAGAAGCAUCCGGGUGCAAUGAAAAAUCUGAAGAAUGGUAAUUCAGAGAACCAGGGAAUAAUUGGUGGGAUAAAAAAAGGGUUUAGCCAUACUGGAUUGACAAGCUUUGCACCAGAGAGACCACCAACUUUAAAAGCAGGCCCAACAUUCAGCACAAAAAGUCUAACACUAACAUCUGCGGCAUCUUCUUUUAAUAACUCUUCCGCAUCAUUGACAUCUCUAACACCACAAACUGAUAAUAAAGAAGAAAUUGCCAUUGAGCCGCCUUGUAUCAUCACUUUAGAUAUACCACAAAUUUUCAAUAACAUAAGAUUAACCAAAAUCGCUCACCUAAGGAAAAAGGACGUCAUUUCCAAAAACUCUUCUAUUAGAAGGUCGCCAGUAGAAACGUUUAAAUUUUUGGCGCGACAACUCAAGUUUUCGUAUAUUCAAGAGCAGAAUAUUGCAGACAGUGCAGACGCUAUGUACAAAAAAGACGUAGAAAACAUUAGCAUUACUAAAAAUGUAACUGAAGCGCAUGAUGGUGAUAAAGAUGAUGAUGGUGAUGGUGAUGAUGAUGAUGAUGAUGAUGAUGAUGACAAAAUAAUCGAAAGCCAUCUUUUGAAAAAGUACAAUUUCCCAGAAAAUAAUACAUGGGCUACCUUAAUGAAUGAGAAAGGAAAUAGCAAACAAUCCAAGAGGAAUUCCAACAGUUCUAAGGAGUUUGACGAGAAGGAUGUCAGAUCAAGUAUAUCAUCCAUCUCUGCAAAUAACCAAAGCCAUGGCAGGUCUAGGAAGAUCGACAAAAACCUGGAAGCAGAACUGCAGGACAAAAUGCAAACACUGGUAGAUUUAAUAUCUAUCGCAACACAUAACGCAUCAGUUUAUCUCUCCAUAGAUGAUCUGACCAAUUUUAAAAUCUGGAUCUUGAUAAGAGAUUCAUUACUAUGGGACUUGAAAGGGAUGACUUCCUCCCAAGUUUCACCUGAUGAGGCAUCUAAUAUGGAAGUCAACGAAAGCUCCGAUUUCGAAGCAGGAGAAAACCUGAAAGCAAGAAAAGAAUUCUUAGAGGAGGAUGGUGAAGGAACAAGCGGGGCUGAAUCGUUAAUAGAAGAAAGGCCACAGGCAUUUCGAGCUAGCUCUGACGAACCAAGUGAAACAGAAAAGAAACCAGUUUCCAAGCUCAAAGAGCAGCUAAAAAACACGGAAAGAAUCACGUAUGCGCAACCAAAUGAGGAAUCGGAUGAAGUUUUAAGUAAAUUAAAAGAGCUACAGAGUCAACACCCGGAGCCUAGAGGUAAAAUAGGAGAAACUGCGAGUGACGACGUGAUUAUAGAGGAAGAUGAAGAUGAACAAGAAGAAGAAGAAGAACAACCUCAUAAUUCAUCAAACAAAUCGGAGCAUGCUCAUAUGUCUCCUAUCGCCAAAAGUAUACCAAUAUUACAGAAACGAGAACAUCGCAAGUCAUUCAUAGAUACUUUUAUGCUGCAUUCUCCCAACGGCUACAAUGGAGAUACAGAUAUAGGUAACGAAGACGACAAUAUAUCUCCCAGGUUUGUUUACAAUAGCGUGAGCCCACGUAGUAAGGUUUCAUCGUUGCAAAGCUAUGCCACAACGACCUCCCAACUAGAAACUUUCAAAAAACUUUCUUCUCAGACAGCACCAGUAAUCGGAUCGCCCGGGCAUGCGUUGUCUCGCCCAGAUAGCAUUGGCAGGGAACAACUCUCUUCCUCAUUGACGAAAAAACUUGCCAAAUGCAGGAAAAGUGUUGAUGAUCCACCUUGGGACACGAAAAAACUCAUCAAACAACUUUACAAUCAAGCUACCGAGACCGGGAACGUUGUAUUAACGGUGAAUAUUUUAUUCCUUUUCCAAAUGAUAUACCAAAUAACAGAGAUCGAUAUUGCGAAAGACGCAAUUGCCCACUUCUUAUUGUUGCUACAUCGAUACGAAUUAUUCGGCAUUGCUGCAGACGUCUUGAAAUAUUGCCCGUUCGAAGAUAUCAUGGGGUCUGAAGGUGACCAAUCUUCCAUCAGGCUGUUUUGCGAACGCUGCGGUGAGUUGAUUACAAACGAAAGCUCCAAAGAAAAGCUCAGAGCGGAGGCUCAGCAGACGGGAAAUAAGAAGAUCAUGGACAAGUUCGGAUACUGGUAUUGUGACUCUUGUAAAAAGAAGAAUACGCCUUGUGUCCUAUGUGAAAGACCGUUAAAGAAACUGACCAUGGUCAUACUUCCCUGUGGACACGAAGGUCACUUCCAGUGUAUACAAGAAUGGUUUCUCGAUGAGAAGGAACAUGAAUGUCCUGGCGGUUGUCCCGGCGUUGCCUUCAUCUAA